GCAGUGGCGGGAUCGCGCGAGAAGCGAAGAUGGCGGCGUACGAAUUGCUGUACUUGUGGUUUCGCCGACGACGGCGUUUUUUCACGCACGUCGACGCGUUUGUUAUGGACGACGACGAGUUCGGCCGGCACUACCGAUUGUCUAAGAACAUCGUGCGGUGGUUCUGCGACGAACUUCGAGACGACGCGGCCUUGAGGCGGCAGCGACGCGCAAGGACGGUGAUGACGGUGGAGCAGCAGGUGCUUUGUGCGCUACGAUUCUACGCCACUGGAAGCUACCACGGUCAAGUGGCCAGCGACCGGCACCUCGCUGUUCACCAGACCACCGUCAGCGCUUGUGUUGGGGCCGUGUCUACGGCCAUCGUGCGCCGCCUCGGUCCCCGGUGGAUCGCCUUCCCCGAGACCGCGGAGGAACGGGCGGCGACGCAAGAAGCCUUCCUUCGUCGCGGUUCCUUGCCCGGAGUCGUCGGGUGCGUCGACGGCACCUUCGUCGCCAUCAAGGGACCUACUAAGUACGACCCUACCGUGACGAAGGCGCUCUACUGGUGUAGAAAACAGUACUACGCCCUAAACGUCAUGGUGGUGUCUGACGCCGACCUGCGUAUCCUGGCCAUCGACCCAAGGAUGCCCGGCUCAACCCACGACUCAUAUGUGUGGAGGCGUUCGUGGGUGCGCCAAGAGUGCGUUGCUGGACAUCUUGUCAGGCCCAAUGAGUACCUGCUUGUUCUUUCCAUGCAGGCGACAGUGGGUACCCCCUGGAGCCCUGGCUGAUGACUCCUGUGCCUGGGCGGCCAGCACUUGGCACACCGGCUGGACAAUACAAUCAGACCCACGCCUCCAUGAGGGCAGUCGUGGAGCGCUGCAUCGGGCUGCUGAAGAGCAGGUUCCGGUGCUUGCACAGGCACCGGACCCUUUGCCAUCAUCCGAUGAUCACCGGCACGAUCGUGGCAGCCUGUGCGGUGCUCCACAAUGUCUGCCUCUGCUCAGGGGAGGCCGAGCCAGAGCCACAGUCAGACUCAGACAGCAGUUCUGACGAGGACAGUGAUGAAAAAGAAAGCGCUGACGCAGCUCGCGAGCGGAGGGGCCUCCAGUCGAGGCGUCUCUACAGUCAGGGCAAGGCUGUGCGGGACCGCCUUGUGCUUCUGCCGAGCACAACCCACCUGCAACGUGUCCGUGAACGACUGCGUCGCACCCGUCGUCGCCGCCAGCACCAGUGAUGCACUGUCACUCGUCGCCGGGGCCUCUUUGUAUUGUGUGUGUGCAUGUGUGUUCGUAGAGUGGCGUGGAUGUUGUGCCAAAGCCAUUUUGGACUUCGUGUGCGCUUGUGUACAGUGAUGUGGAUGUGCCAGAGUCAUCUUGUACCUUCUUUGUGCAUGUGUACUGUGUGGUGGGUGUUAUGCCAGAGCCAUUUUGGACUCUGUGUGUGUGUGUGCUGCGCCGUGGAUGUGCCGAAGCCAUUUUGGAGUCUGUGUCAGUGUGUACUGUGCUGUGGAUGUUGUGCCGGAGAGAGCUUGUUUGGACUCUGUGUGUGUGCAUAGGGAAGGUGUUUUAAUGUUUCGGGUGUAAGUACCACAGGCUUGGAUGCAUGUGCACGUGUAGUGCUUUUGAAUUCUGUUCAGUGCUUUGGGCACAAACUCUACAGGUCUGGAUUGCGUGGGGUACGUGUAGUGUUUUUUUGCUUCUUUUCAAUGUUUUGAGUGCAUGCUCCACAGGUCUGGAUUGCAUGGGGCACAUGUAGCAUUUUUCACAUGUGUUCAAUGUUUUGGGUGCAUAUCCCACAGGUGUGGAUUGCAUGAGGCACAUGUAGCAUUUUUUAUUGUGUUCAAUCUUUUGGGCACAAACUCCUCAGGUCUAACUUGCGUGUAAGCUUGUAGUGUUUUUGACUUGUAAUCAUUGUUUUGGGUGCAAGCUCCGCAGGUCAGGAUUGCAUGUGCACGUGUAGCGCUUUUGAAUUCUGUCCUAUGCUUUGGGUGCAAACUCCACAGGCCUGGAUGCAAUUACACGUGUAGUAGUUUUGAAUUGGAUCUAUUGUUUUGGGUGCAAGCUUCACAGGUCUGGAUUGCAUGGACACAAGUAGUGCUUCCAACUUCUGUUUAAUGUUUUGGUCGCAAGCUCCACAGGUUCCUGGAUUGCAUGGGCACUUGUAAUGCUUUUGAUUUCUGCUGUGGCACUUGCAGCUUUUUUCUGAAGAUCGGCUGAUGAGGGUCCCUGACACAGUAAUGACAGGACUGCAAAGGAUGUUUACAAGAAAUAACAAGUAGUGCCGUUCAAAGUAAUUCUGCCCACUAUGUUGCAUCUUUGAGGUGGUGCACCGUGGCUGGGUGUGAUUAAGUUUGGUCUCAACUUAUCUGAGUGAGGAACCUCAUUUACCCUUGCCAUAUCUAGCAGAUGCCAACAGGCAAAAAUGUUCUUGCUAGCAAAUGUGUUUUUUUUUAUUUUUCACCAUACUAUUGGGUUUGAAUGGAAGGCAAACACCAGAGACGGUGGCCGUCAACAGAUGCUGCACCUGCAGGAGGCAUCCGGAAACUGAUAAAAUUUUGAAAUGGAGAAUAGAGCGCUGCGAGGGGGUGCAUCCUAUUUCAAUGUGCUUGAGCCUUGCCCAGCACAACCCAAGCGUCCACACUGCACAGGUGUUCUGCUGGAAGUUCCGUCACUGUUCGCAUUUCAUUCAAGCCCGAUAGGACAGUCACUGUGUUUAAUUCCGAUUUCCCAUAUUGCUUGCAUGUGUUGCGAGAUAUGCAACAUUUUGGAGCAGAUGCUUAGGUCUGUGCAGUCCACAGAUCUUAUGGUUGUUAGUCCCUGUCUCUGAAUUAAUUUGACAUAAACAAAUUCAUGGCAAAGAGGUUCCGUAUGAGGAUUCGCCACAGUCGGGUGCUUGUACGACUCAUAGAGUAUGCUGUUCGAAAACAUGAAUGUUAGCGGUGUGUAUAUAGCCACAACGCUUAGUAAAGGAAGUGUUUUUUUGGCUUCUUGCUACGAAAGGUGGACCAAAUACCAUUGACUACCAAUACUGGAAACUCGAGCCAAAAAACAUGGGGUUGUCGGGAGACAGAG